AUGUCCGCGUUCCCACACCACUUCCGUGAGGCCGAUGGUCACCAGGUAAACGAUCGCUGGCCCGUUAAAAGCCACGUUACGAGCCCCUUCCGCCUCGGUGGGUCCAGCGUUUCUCUCCGCAGACUAGCGUUGCUCUGCGGCAGGACCGUACCCAGGAAGGCUAACAGCGCAAAGCCGCCUCUCCUCCCGCUGCAGACGUCAGCUCUCCCGCAGCGCGGAGCAGCACAAGAGUGCUUGCUGCGUCUGGAGCAGAGGAGCCUCGCCACCCUUCUCAAAGCACCCGAAGGCUCUCUGUUCCGAGGAAGGGGCUCGGCCCAGGGUGAUGACCGCACAGACCACGGACACUACCUGCCCCUGUCGGGAGAGGAGCGGGAGCUGGGACACAGCCUCAAAAUCCCACAGUACUUACAUACCUCUUCCUACCCAGGAAGAACGGACGCUCGGGGACGUGGUGUCUUCUCCGUGGGGUCUCUUCUGUGGCACCACACGACCUCCCAAGACUUGGACAUCAGCCCCCAAGGCUCUCUCUUUUCCCAGAAAGCUUUGGGCGUGUACCUUAGAAACCGACAGCUUGCAGCCCGAGUGUCCAACAAAGCCUGUGCCUCUGUGGAGAAGCAAAGCCAACCGCAUAAAAUAAAAGACAAAAGGCAGAAAUGGAGAUCUCUGCUGAACUCAGUUGGGGCUGCGAAGCUCUUUCUCACUCUCCUCGGUCAGCCUGGGAAGUGGCACGUUUCUUGGGAGAGACAAGCCUGUCCUUCUCUCCUGCUCAGCCGGGGAAGUCUGUUUGGAAAACUAACUUGUAUCACGGGCAGGACAGCGCCACCUCGUUAGCUCCAGGAGGUUCAACUCCCACUCGGGUUCAUUUGCGUCCCAGCCCCGGGAUGCCCCUGGGGGUUCAGGCCGCCUCCCAGGGCCGCAGCUCAGGCAGGCAGGUCUCCCUCACGCCCUUCCCUUCUCCUGCCUCCGCGGACGGCAACCGCAUGCUUCGCUGAGCCUGAGAGAGCCCCGGGUGUGGCCGCAUCCGUGAGCAGCCCCCUUUCUCUGAGAACAGCGCCUGCGCUCCCACCCUGCUGCCUCUUCACAGGAGUGCGGCGCUCCGGGCUGUUUCUCCACUCUCGCCCUCCACCUCCUUUCUGGAGAAUUCCCUACCCGCCUUGAUUCACUUGAUUCAGCCGAGCCCCGGGCUACUCGCUCGGCUUUCGACUGGGCCGUCCCAGCCAGCUGGGUUUUGUGUGAACACAGCAGGAACUGCUCGGAGAUGCGAUAUUUCUAAACUGGCUGAUCUAGGGUGCUAAGCCCAACUCCUGGCUUUAUAUUUCUUUUUCUUCCAUCAAUACGGGUGGCCAGCAAGAAGAGAGCGGUGUUAAGAAGGGCUCACCUAAUGCUCGGUGACAGCCUGCCUACACUUUUAGUUCAAAGAAACAAAGGCUUCUUAAACAGGUAUCUUCUAUAAACUAGUUAAGCAGGAGGAACAUUUUCUUCACUAGCCAGUGCCACUGAAAGUUACUUAGCAGGCUUAAGCCAUAAUUUUAUUUGUGAGUAAAUAAAAUUAGAACAUAAUUACA